AAUCAGAAAAAUUACCAACUUUUCAAUACUUCCUUGUGCUGGUAUUCUACCUAUAAAUAUUUGCUAGAUGCUAAAUUUAGUAUAGUCAUAAAUGGACAGGGGAGAUACCCAUGGACCACAAGAACAAUUAAAUAGAGGAGAACUGACACAAUGUUCAAUAUUGGAACAAUGUUUUUCUAUCAGUUGCUGGUGGCUUUACUGUUAAAUGUAUGUGUAACAGUGCAUGGAAAUUCUAACGCUACAUCCUUGAAAAGAACGGAAUUGGAAGAAAUGAAAAAUAAAAACAACUGUAAGCUGUGCACCUGUGUUGGUCUCAUUGCUGACUGUACCUCGAGAAACCUGAAGUCAUUGCCACAAGAUUUACCACAAGAUAUAACAACCCUUAACUUAACCAACAAUAGCAUAACACAUUUGCCAGAUGGGUUGCUAGGGCAGCUCUAUCAAAGUCUGAAAGUGUUGGACAUUGAUGGAAACAAGAUCACCGCUUUUGGACAAUAUGUCUUUGAUGGACUUCAAAAUCUGGAGUUUCUUGGGAUAGGUGCAAAUCCAUUUAAACCAGAGCUAUUCCACCAUCUUGUUUACAAGCCAUUAAAAAACAUACGCACCAUUUUUGUGUCCAGGUUUGGAGACGAAUCAAAGCAUGACUCUAGGAUACCUUUAUUCAAUGCAUUUGAAGGGCUACAAAAUUCUACAAUUGAGGCUAUUAUAUAUGAACAUAUAACAUUUGUUCCUUUUUUACUUGAAAAGAAAUACAUGCAAUUUUUUCAAAAUUGCCAUCUGAAAAAGUUAGUCUUACCCGAAAAUAAAAUAUAUGCAUUUGAACCAGGAUUUUCCAAAUUUAUGCCUCACUUAGAAAUUGUCGAUGUGUCUCGAAAUUUAAUACAAGGAACAAUGCCGGUUAAUAAUAAAGUUUUAGAAAUUUACUUGAUGCAGUUUCUUAAGGUGAUAAAAAUAGAAGGCAACACACAAGGAG